AUGAUGAAACACCCAACUAUUAGACGUGUUCCAUUGGAUAGUGUAGUUCGCGACUAUGGCGCCACUUUUUUCACCGAAGCAUUAGCUCGUUAUGUCGUUCGCACAAAUCAACCUGGCCUUUCUCCAGCGCAACUUGAACAAGAAGCUUCCCAUGUCAUCCUUCCCUUCCAGACUGUUGCCGCAUUCCAUAGGGUCAAGUUCCAUGCAAUCAAUGCUCACGGACAUCGUGAUUCAACCGUUACCGUGGAUUCAGUGCACUGUCAGCCACCACGAAAGGACAAAAGAAGGCAGAUAGUUCCUGCGCGCUUCGACAUGGUUUUAGUUAACGAAGAUGGUGGUGGGACGACAGGUGUUGAUGGU